CAGCAGCCACGUUAGAGUGUAUUAUUGACCAACGAGAGAGCGCAGGAGGCGGGGUUUUACAGAUGACAGCCAAUGGCGUGUCACGUUUGUAAUACGUUACUUAGCAUUAGUCGCAUCCGGGUGAGCGCUUUGAGGUCUGCUCCGGUUUUUACUUUGAAGCUUGGCUAUCGGUCUUCAGGAUGUACGGAUCCUUUCGGGUAUUGUUGCAGGUGCUGUCGGCCCAGCUUCUAUGUGUGUGGGUGCUGGGCUCCGAGCUAACUUUUGAGCUUCCAGACAACGCCAAGCAGUGUUUCUACGAGGACAUCAUCAUCGGCACCAAGUGUACACUGGAGUUUCAGGUGGUGACUGGUGGCCAUUAUGACGUGGACUGUCGUUUGGAGGACCCAGAAGGCACUACACUCUACAAGGAGAUGAAGAAGCAAUAUGACAGCUUUACCUUCACAGCUGCCAAGAAUGGCACCUACAAGUUCUGCUUCAGUAAUGAGUUCUCCACCUUCACACACAAGACUGUUUACUUUGACUUCCAGGUCGGCGAUGACCCUCCACUCUUUCCCAAUGAAAAUAGAGUCACUGCUCUCACUCAGAUGGAAUCAGCUUGCGUGUCCAUCCAUGAGGCCCUGAAGUCAGUCAUUGACUACCAGACUCACUUCCGCCUCCGUGAAGCCCAGGGACGCAGUCGGGCGGAGGACCUUAACACCCGUGUUGCUUUCUGGUCAAUCGGAGAGGCCAUUAUCCUUCUGGUGGUCAGCAUCAGUCAGGUGGUCCUACUGAGGAGCUUCUUCUCUGACAAGAAGACCACCACAACACGUGUAGGAUCGUAACAGUCUUUGAGCCCCCUGGAUCAUCACUUUCUUUAUCCGUACCUGGGUUUGUGUGCAUAGAGUGGGUAAGAAUACCAGUGCUGAUCUGAAUUUGGAUCAUAUCAAACUGCCAGGUCAUACAAUCUGACAUGUCAUCCUCAUUCAGCACUGGUAUUCUUACAAACAUUAUGCAAAUUAGUCUUAAGCUAAAUGGUCAUGUAUGUUUAGAAUGUUUUUGAGGGGUAAAGCGAAUACCAGAAGAAAGGCGUUCUUGUUUUGCUUGUAACUAUCUGUAUUGGAGGCAGUUCAAGGUCAUAUAGUUAAAGCAAAGCGUUAAUACUUUGAAUAUUUGAAAUGAUUUCUGAAUAUGUUAUUAUUUUAUUUGCAUCUCAAAUUGUCCCUCCCUUAUCGGUUUAAUUUUUCAGCCAAAACGGUGCACUAAAAUAACCAAGAGAGUGGAAUUUGUGACUAAACGUACAUAAUGUAAUGUAUGGUUUAUGGUUUUGUAUAUUUCCUUUAGGUCUCUAAAACCUUACUGGCAAGGCAAAUAGGUUUUUCCCUACAGAGGUUGCAUUUGGUUAUGAAGAAUAUGUUGCUUUUUUUUCUUCUUUAUUAAACCUCACUGUAUUAAGUGAGAAGAGAAGAUAUUGUGUUGUGCUUUUAUCAGCUUUGUCAUUUUAGAGUAUGCUGUAUAGCAAGUACGCCAUCUUUUUAUUCUAAUAAUAGCUCGAAACAGUUUGUAUUUGAGUUAAAUGAUUGAAUUUAGAGAUGCACAUGAUUUCCCUUGAGUGAUUGCAGAUCCAAUUCCGUAAAAAAAGGUUUGAUUCCAUUUGCUCGAUUACACAUUGGGACAAGUCACACCUCCUUUUGACCCCACCUAGGUGAAUUAUGUUGUACUUUCAGGUACUAAAAACGUUAUAAUUACAUUUGUGAAUAUGUGUGGAAGGCAAAAAAAAGGUAAUAAUUGAUAUUAUAAUUUUGUUUGAAAAUGUUGUCUUUCACUGGUUCCUUUGCAAUGUUCUAUCUAGUUCUGCGUUUGCUGUUUGAAGUGUAACAACUUAUUUAUCCUGUGGUCUGAUUUUGCUCUCUUGGUUUUAUACAGCACUGUUGUAAAGUUCAAGUUGUUUUGCAAAAGAUUGCUUCAAUAUAAGAUAAUUCCUGUAACUUUGAGUUGUAGCUGUAAUUUCAAAUUGUAUUCCCUGACUGCCUACUCUACUCUACUGUAUUAAGUUUCUUAAGGAACAGGAAGGAAGAUUUAGACAGUUUAAAUCUAUUAUAUAAUAUGACGUUCUGAACAUUUGAGGCUGCAGGAAGCCAUAGUAGUUGCUGGCUUAGUUAAACCUGGUAGUGUUGCUUCAGCCAGGAAUCAUGUAAAAGUCAGUGGGUCAUUCUUUCUCUUAAUAUUCAUCGAUUUACAAACAAAGUCUAACAGGUCUUAACCACAGGCAUGAAGGCCUGGAGAAGACAAGGAAACAUGAAAUAGUAUGAUGUCAUUUGAAAGUUCACCUGGAGAGUUUUCUAAGUACACAACAUCAAUGAAUUUGACUCAAAACAAAGGCAAAGCUAAAAGACGUCACUGUUUUAGUGUGAGAUAAAUAUGAUUUUUAUAUUCAUGACAAAGGCAAUCUUUAACAUUUAAACCACUGAAAGAAACCAAAAAACUCAACAUGUUUUAUAGUGUUGGUCUUGUCUAACUGGAAAAUAACUAUAAAAUAUAUUUUAUUCUUUUAUUAGUUCUGGUGGUUUGGUUAUGCUUUUUUGGUGUGCUUUUCCCCUCUCACUAUAUGUUAAAUGUCAGUUUGUGUUGACAUUUCAGUUAUAGGUUUAUGUACAGGUCAUUUUUCGAAACAAAUUCAGCUCCGAUGCAUUCUGGAAACUUUUUGAGUUAUUGGGAUGGCUGAAUAAACUUUCUGUUAAAAUGUU